UGAUCAUGUUUAAAUCGCUAGUAAAUACAAAUUUUAGCACCGUGAUCGUGAAUUAGCGUUGUGAGGUAUUUUGUUGCAUGCUGAUUAAUUGUUACUAAUUGUGUGAUUAUAUUUUAUAGAAUUUGUUUUAUAAAUUAAACACCAAACAAAUGUAAUUAAUUAUAUGGUAGCUGGAUUUCCAAGAAAUAAUUUCGCUGACAAAAUAGUUUGUGAUUGUUUCAGUAGUUUUAUUUGUGCAUUGAGAAGAAAUGUCUCGUACUACCAAGAAAAAAUAUGUUGUUGAAGAAGUUUUAAAUAAAUAUGAUCUUCCUGCUGACAAUCAGCGAAUUGUGAAAGUGUUGCGAAGUUGUGGGAAUAAUCUUCAUGAAAUUACUACACCAGAAGGAGAAACAUUUUUAGUUAGUAUGCCUACCAAAUUCAGAAAGCAUAUCUGGAUCAAAAGAGGGGAUUUUGUUGUUAUUGAUCCUAUUACUGAAGGUGUGAAAGUGAAAGGAGAAAUAGCUCAGAUUCUGCUUAAGGAUCAAAUAAAAUAUUUUAAAGACCAAGGUAUAUGGCCAGAGGCGUUUGCAGAAAAUAACUCAACAAAAAAUGAGAGGCGGCAUUCUACAAAUUCUGAUGAUGAAUUGUUUGUAAAUACUAACAGACCUUAUGUUGAGUUCAGCUCAUCAUCAGAAGAGGAAGAGGAUGAAGAGAAUUGAAAUAUGUAAAUAAUGAAAUAAAUUUAUUUCUUGUACAGUA